AUGAUCGCGGUUUGUGGUCGCGACCUCUCGAUCAUGCUGACGUCAUUGUCUAGCCAUUUGUUCUACAGAACUUGGGGAUGGGACGAAGUUCUCCUGAGAUGGCAGAUCCCCAAAUUAACUGCCUGGAGCGGCGUUCUUCGCCCUACGUUCAGGAAUCGGUUUUCGCUUUCACGAAUCGGCGCUGCGGUCGCCUUCCUGGAUGUCAUCCGACCCAUCUCGCGUUUGCUCUUUCUCAGAACAGCCUCUGGCAUCGUAUUCGGCGCGGGUAGCAUCUCGCGGUUUCGACCGCUACGGCUUUUCUCUUGUUUAAUGACCUGCCACUUUUGAUGCUUCCCUCGUCUUGCCUCCUUUGUACUCCAAACGUAUCUGAGUUAAUAAUCAUCAAAGAAAAGCUUCUAGUAUUUCUUCCGAAGAUGAGCAUCUCCGCGGUCAAAUCACUCGGAAAACAUCCUUAUACCGCGGUAGAUUGUGAGAAGAGAUCGUUGAGGUUAUUCACACCUAUACUUUAUUUGCUCUUUCUUCGCGAACCUUUCUGUUGCUUAGCUAAAGAAGACGUUUAGAUGAACAUAUCAAGGUUAAUUAGCCUAACGCUUAGUGUGAUCGUCUUGAUCAACGCCCAGCAGCCUCCUCCUUCCACUCCAAACGAUGCCGAGAUUGUCGAGAAACCGGCCGAAAUUCCCUCGGAACCUGUGAAACUUGUAAACUUUGACGAUUUUUCUAUUGAAGAGAUUGAUGACGCUUUGGAACCAGUAAGAUUUUAUGAAGCGGUUCGGCAUGUAAGAAUUAUUUAGGUUGGUCCUGCUGAUGUCGAUAAUGACGUCAUCCAAAAGUUGGUUGACAAGUUCUUAAAUGAAGGCACUCUUGAAGAAAAAAAGGAUGAGAAGGUUAACAAAGAAGCCCAGAAAUUGGUAAAUUCGUCGCCUUAUUGGGAAACGGCCAAUCUCAAGGUAAUUUUAAUCGCCCAUUUUAAUGCAGAGGUGUUUUAGCCAGAACAUUCCAUCAAAGAUUCCAAAUUGAUCUCUGACUGGUUAGUCGGUUACAACGAGGAGUUAGAAAAAGUACUUCAACAAGUAAAUACCGCCGCCUGGAACUAUUUUACCGCCGCCUCUCCACUUACAAAACAAUAUCUGGAUGAGGCUGAGGACGUGGCUCGUCAGUUUCUGAAGGCAGCCGCCAAACAAUCCAUUCAAUUUGAUCCCGAGAUGCUGGAGAGUGUGAUUGAAAAGAAGGAAUUGAGUAUCAUUUCUGAACAAGGCAUCAAUGUGCUUCCUCCAAAAGAUUUGAACAAGUACAACAACAUUCUCUCCAAAAUCAACAAAUUAUACACGACUACGGAUGUCUGCGAACAGAAGGAUCAGAAGAUGUGUAUUACCAAAUAUUCCGAUUUGAUCUCCACAAUUCAGACCACAUCCAAUCCGGAGAAAGCACUGAAUAUCUGGAAGGCAUGGAGAGCAGCAGUUGGAGCCAAUCUGACCACUGCUUAUGACGAUUUAGUUAAAGUAACUAACCAAGCGGCCAAAGCCAAUGGAUUCGAGGAUGCUGGAAAGAUGUGGAAAUCUGCUUUUGAUGACAAGUUCAGCCAGAAAGAAAGAUAUGACAUUUCGGAGAACGCGAAGAUGUUGUAUCAACAAGUCCUUCCAUUCUACAGCCAACUUCAUGCUUAUUUUAGAAGACAAUUGGCCGGGAUUUAUAAGGAUGACAAAAAUCUGAAGAGAGAUGUCUCUAUCCCCGUUUAUCUAUUGCGUAUGGUUAUCUAAUCGAACGAACUUGUCUUUGAUCUUAUAAAAUAAUAUUGCUUUUGAUUUCAGGCAGUGGAUCCGGUGAGGAUUGGAGUAAUCUUUAUGACGAAACAAAACCUUUUGAUCAGAUGGAUACAACCGAAGACGAGGUCAUGGAGAAUCUCCACAAACAGAACGUCACCGCCCGUAAUAUGUUUGUGAAGGCAUUCAAAUUCAUGAAGUAUCUCGGAUUUGAAAAUCUUCCAAAGACUUUCUGGACGCAUUCCGUUUUUACCAGAAAUUAUGGAAAAGAGAUGAUCUGUAACCCUGCGGCCGCUUAUGACAUGUUAAAUGGGACCGAUUACAGAGUAAAAAUGUGUGCCCAGACUGUGCAAUCCGAUUUCACCGUGGCUCACAAACUCCUUGCCCAAUUGUACUACAAAAUUUUGAGUAAAGAUCAGCCACUCAUUUUAAGAGAUGCCCCAAGUCAGAGUCUGAGUACUGCUGUGGCUGGGGCUUUUGGAAUUUUGGCCCAGAAUGCUGAUUACUUGAAGAGUCAGGUAAGAUCUAUAAUAUACAUCAACAAGGGAAGUACCCCAAGUGCGACGCUCAGAUUUUCUUUAGAUUUUAGACACACUUCGGGCAUAGACUAAGUAUCAAUUCCUCAAAGUUUUAGCUCGCGCUUUGAAGGCGAAGCCGAGAUAUUCAACGAUCUUUGCGGCCGAGAGAGUACGCUAAACGCGGAGAGCGGUCAGAGAAAAAAAACUUUUUGGCCAUAACAUUGCCAGCUUCGUGCGGAAAAAAGUUCAUUUCUUGUGGAAACAUUAACCUUUACGGUAGAAAUAGGGAUGCAACUUUUCGUGCCGAAAUUCGACAAGAAGUCUUAAAUUUUCGUCGACUUGCGACCUAAAAAUCUCGAUGGUUUCUGCAAAGCGCGAGCUAGGAUUCUCGCAUAUAUUUUAGAAAAAAUUAUUCUAAAUUUGUGCCAAGUUUCAUCAAAAUCGUCGCACUUGAGGUACUUCCCCUGUAAGCAUUUUAUUUACUAAUAAAACAAAUUUGAUGAUUUUAGAAACUGAUCCAAACGGAUUACCGUCUCGAACAGUACAAUCUAAUCAACCGUCUCUACCGAGAAUCCCUCUCUGACUUUGUUAAAUUGCCUUUUAAUAUUGUCGCUGAUGAAUGGAGAUAUCAAGUUUUCAAUGGUUCCACAGACUCUUCCAAAUGGUCUGAUGUCUGGUGGAAUCUCCGGAAUAAAUAUCAAGGAGUAUCUGCGCCAAAGGAGGUUGAUGAAGCCAAAUACGACGCUGUUAUUGCGCCAGAGAUUGUACAACAACAUGCGCCCGCUUCCCGUCACGUUGUCUCUUAUAUUGCUCAAUUUCAAAUUCUGAAGGCCCUUUGUGGAGCUAAUUCCACUUUGGUAAGCGAUCGUUAACGCACGUAUAAUUAUGCUACAGAGUGAUGGUUGCGUCCCCGAAAAGAAUGCAGCUGACAAAUUGAUGUUUUUAAUGAAGAAAGGAGCUUCCAUUAGUUGGUUGGAUGUUUUGGAAGAGCUAACUGGACAAAGAAAACUCGAUGCUCAGCCGUUGUUGGAGUACUACGAACCUUUAUUGGACUGGUUGAGAAGGGCCAAUGAGCAAUCUAACGUGUUUAUUGGAUGGAAUGGGGAAGGCGAGGCCUUUGCUGCUGAUGAAAUCCCGGUGAUCAACAUGGACAGUGGAAAGGAGAAACCAGCAAUCCCAUCAGAUGAUCAGAUCGCUUAUCCGGGUAAGAGUUGACGUUAUUAUAACCAUUGGAAUGUUAAAAAUUAUAAUACUUUAUAAUACUAACAUCCUUUUUAGGUCAAGACUGUUCUCGAGGCCAGGAAUGUCUCCUAGAUUCGAGUUGCAACGGCACCAUCUGUGCUUGCAACGACGGCCUGUUCACUCUGCAGAUAGCUGACACCUACAAUUGCGUGCCAAGUGAUCCCUCCAAGGCAGGGUUCACGGAUGGCGAUGGAGGUCUGGUUAUCGCAUUAAAUCCUAAUGAGAGAAAGGGGACUCGGCCCAGCUCAGAUCCUGAUGAAAUUGAGGCCGGCGAAGUCAAGAAGGAACACAAGGCCGAUGAGAAGAAGACCGUCAAAAGUGGGGGAACCCUUCUUCUUGCGUCGCCCCUUACUAUCGGUCUCAUCUGCUUACUGCGGUAUCUUUUCUGA